AUGGCGCGCCAGAGAAAUAUCUCAAAUGCCUCCUCCCAAUCAUCCCUUCCUGACCAGAACCAGGAACUGGGGAGUAUGUAUGACUACCUGGCAAAGGUUAUUCUCUUAGGCCCAAGCGGUGCCGGAAAGUCCUGCUUGCUACAUAGAUUUGUAAAGAACGAGUGGAGAGUCCUAUCAUCCCAGACUAUAGGCGUUGAAUUCUCCUCGAAGAUUGUUAAGGUUGGGAGUGGAUCGCGAAGAAAAAGGAUUAAGCUCCAGCUCUGGGAUACUGCGGGAACGGAACGCUUUCGCUCUGUCUCACGCUCAUACUAUCGGGGUGCGGCUGGCGCCAUUUUAAUAUACGAUGUCGCCUCCCUCGCUUCUUUCAAGGCUCUCCCUACCUUUCUCCUUGAUGCGCGCGCCCUAGCUUCCCCAAAUUUAACGGUAUUGCUUGCCGGAAAUAAGAGCGACUUAAUAACUGACCAUAUGAUAAACGGAGACGACUGGGAGGAUGGGGUCAAAAUACCGGCGACGCCGUCAAGUACGUCCAGCAAACAGUCGCCCUUCCCAGCUGAUCUUGGUUGUGGCUCUUUUCGCUCAACAACUACCCCUGCAGUUGGAACGAGAAUGACUGCUACGGAGUCGCCAGAAGGUCGUGAGGUCUCCCUGGAGGAGGCCUCGCGGUGGGCUGCGAGAAAUAAUAUUCCCGUCGCUGUGGAGGUAUCGGCACUUUCUGGUGAUUGUGUAGAGGAGCUGUUUAACCGUUUAGCAAGAAUAAUUCUCACUAAGAUCGAACUUGGUGAAAUAGACCCAGAUGACCCGCAGAGUGGAAUUCAGUACGGGGAUAUGUUUGGGAUGAGCACUAGUGACGGCGGAAGUAUUCGAAGCGGAAUUACCGUCGACGAUUCCUAUGUGCAGCUUCGAAAAGGCCGCAAAGUAGGCGGCAGGUCGUCUGGAAUACGAGAAUGGGAGGAUGUCUUCAGGCUGAGCAGCUCCGGUAGGCGAAGAGGAUGCUGCUGA